AUGCUCUCGAUAUUCUUACUGUCGCUGAAUUUCUUGCUGGGUCUGUGUACUCUUGCUCAAUGCUCUUUCAUACUCGACUUGAACAAUAAUACCAUACAAAACAGCGGAUCUUACACAAGGAUGUCAACGUCGGCCGACAUCAAGUCGUCCGCACCACUGCCAUGGCUAAGCCCGGAAUACAAAUGGUUCUUCGAAUAUGCGCUCCCAAUACCACCCGUCAAACAGCCGAAGUUCACCAGCGGAGCGGUUUUAGACUACUAUGAGAUUGACGUGAGAAGACUGGAGAAGCAGAUCUACCCUGGUCUUCCAUCAACCCAGCUGAUCGGUUAUGAUGGACUACAACCCGGUCCAACGUUCGUGAUGCGCAAGGGUCGAGAAAGUGUUGUCAGAUUCUCUAAUCACGGUCCAACGAACGUGUCCACUCAUGUUCAUGGGCAGUAUAAUCGCGCACCAUUUGAUGGCUGGGCUGCAGACUACGCGCUGCCUGGUCAAUACAAAGACUGUCAUUAUCCGAACGCACAAGAUGCUCGCACGAUCUGGUAUCAUGAUCACACAGAGUAUGCUACUGGCAUGAACGUAUACCUCGGAUUGGAGGGCUUCUACUUCCUCACCGAUGACGAGGAGCAGGCACUUAAGCUACCAACUGGCAAAUACGAUGUUCCGCUUGCGCUAUCUGCUAAGCAAUAUAGCACCAAUGGCACGCUGGUUUACAACUCGAACGGAAACUAUGGCCUUCCAGGAGACGUGAUACAAGUGUAA